AUGGGAAGAGCUCCAUGUUGUGACAAGGCAAGUGUUAAGAAAGGCCCAUGGUCACCAGAAGAAGACACAAAGCUGAAGGAAUACAUAGAGAAGCAUGGAACUGGAGGGAAUUGGAUUGCUCUUCCUCAGAAAGCUGGUCUUAAGAGAUGUGGGAAAAGUUGCAGAUUAAGAUGGCUCAACUAUCUCAGGCCCAACAUUAAGCAUGGAGAUUUCUCAGAUGAGGAAGACAGAAUAAUUUGCAGCCUCUAUGUUAAUAUUGGAAGCAGGUGGUCAAUUAUAGCUGCUCAGUUACCAGGAAGGACUGAUAAUGAUAUCAAGAACUACUGGAACACCAAGUUGAAGAAAAAGCUCAUGGGGUUGCUUCCUCUUUCUCAUCACAGAAAACAACCUUCAUUUCCAUCCUCUACCCUUCAAAACCCUCCUCUCUCUCCUUCAUCUCAACAACUGUACGGAGAGUACUGCACCUACAUCCCAGUAACAACAUCAUCUUUCACAGGCAUGGAACAUCUUUCCCUUCCUUCAGCUAGUUAUGCAAGCACAACACCCUCAGUUUCUCAACCCUUUUACCAAAACCACGAUUCCAUGGCUAGCGUUAGUCCAAUGCAAUGCCAAUACCCUAUCAGAGACAGCAUGCUCAUGUUUGGAAGCGAAGGAAGUUGCAGUUCCUCUGAUGGAAGCUGCACUCAGGGAAGAGAAAUGAAGCAAGAAGAAUUCGGCUACCACAGCUACAACCAUAACUUGCUGCUUAGCUACAACAAUAACAACAUUAACGAUGCAGUUAAGUCAUGUGGUGGAGGGUGCUUCAGUCAAACGCUAGCACCGUUGGAUUAUGAUCUUGAGGAUAUUAAGCAAUUGAUCAGUAGCAGUAGCAGCAGCUUCAAUAUUAAUGUUGAUGAAAACAAGACAGAAGAGAAGGCGAUGUACUACUACUAA